AUGGCUCAGCAAAGCAAUGUUCAGGCUGUCGACCAGGAACUCCGUAGUGCUCUAAUCAGAACCAAUAUAGCUCUGCUUCAGAGAGAGAUCCGAGAGAAGAAAGACUGGUACACCACGCGGCGCGUCGUAGUCCGUAAGCGCAACGGUCGUAUCCACCUAUCCCGGCUCGGGUCACAGCGAAAGCAAAGUCACAGCGGGUACACCUCCGAAGAAGAGGACGAGUCUCAAACCAGCGGCUUCACGCUAAUUGAUGAGUUGCCAUCCUCACGGUCCACCAGGUCCAGUUUUGGAUCUGCUACUUCCAACUUCUCUUAA